AUGUAUUUCGAUGUGAAACAUAACAGUUUGCUCGCUCAUACGGGAGGAAAAUUGUUAAGAACAGAUCAAAUCGGGCUGCCGAGGUCGCCCCGGCUUCGUCGGGAAUAUGUUUUGGAUGGCAAAAAUUUUGCUGGCUCAACGAAAAAAGUAUGUUAUGGGAGACUUCGUAAAGAAAGAGUCUCGCUGCUUAGAGAAAUGAAGGUGUUGCAAGAAAAGGUGGAAGUAAAUCUUAAAAGACAAAGGCAAGAAAAAAGUAACUUGGAACAAAUUGUUCAUCAUUUGAAUUCUCAAAAGGAAGGUGAGAGCGGCUGAAGGAGUUUAAAUUCAAAUUAAUCUGCAAACGAUCCAAUGGAAGGGGCUUUUCGUAAAAUAGCGAAGCAUUAGAAACAGGACAAAACCAAAAGGUCGUCAGCUCUAGUUUAAAAGAUAAUAUUUUUUUACAAUUUUUCCGACAAAGUUCGAAGUUUUCUUGGUGGAGUAAAAAAUCGUUCGAGGCGUCUAAAUGAGUAUUGGUGUGGGCUCCUAAAACUCUGUCGGUUGAAGAAGAAAAUAAUUACUAAGUUUUGACGGCAAAGAUAAUUUGUCAAGGUAAGGUGACGAAGGAGUAUUAUUUUUUGUGACCGUCGUCGUUAUAAAUUUCGCCUUCCUAAGAUUGCUCGCACGCUGAAGAUGCAUUAACAAGAUUUGUCUAUAAUUCCAUCUGAACUUUCAAUGAUUGAUCAUCGGCAGACAAGUUUAAGUCGCCAUGAUCAUGAUUAUUAUGCUUUAAAAAAAAAGGACCUACGUCCAGGACUCUUUGCCACCCUUGGCUGUGAAAAAUAACCGCCUUUACUUAUCAACUUCUCACAGGUGCGACACCUCCAGGAAGUGUUAUCGCUGGGAAGGCGAGUGGUCUCGUGUCUCUACGCGGGAUGCAGGCGCAAAGUGAUUGUCGGCUCAUCAAGAGCAUUCGUCGGCCUCUGGCACCGGAAGCUACAAGAGAUCACGGAAACAGGCUAAUCAAUUUCCAGUCUAAUUUAACAUUCAAGGAGGGCUCCUUUAUUCCACGGGUUGUAGAACGCGAAAUUCUAAGAAGACGAAACAAGCGCUUGAAUGCUAAAAGACAAGAGCAAUUGGAGGGUGUGAAACAACGAGAAAUGCAACUGGCAGACACCGUGGGCGUGUAUACAAGGAUAAACAUGACCAAGGGUAGUUUGAACUACAAAGGAAAGCCGAAAUACAGGUAAAGGAAGUCUGAACAAAGAUUCCGUACUGUCGGUGCAUAAAAAGGGACAGCGGUGACAAACACGACAAAGACUCACACGUCGCAAAAAUGUGAUUUUAAGUACUGAAUGUUUCUUAUACUUAGGUGUUUAUCUUAAGGGAAAAAAACAGACACACAGAUAAAUGAAGCGUAUUAUCUUCGUUUAGAUAUUAUCACCUUGUCAUGGCAGAUUUACGAGCUGAAAUACUCCUAGUUGCAAUCUUUUUACCUUCAAAUCGUACGGGGAACAUCGAAAGUAUGCAAUUUCUUUCUAUUUCUUUAUUUUUCUUUACCAUGCUAAGGCAAGGUUCCCAAAGUCUUGUGGUGUUGGAGUACCUCUAGGUAUGGUGCCCUUUCGUGCAGAUGCCAUUUUGCAAAGUUUGAUGAUAGAAAAAAAAUACAUCCAGUUAUCCAUUUCUGGUUGUGGUCGGAGCUGAUCUAAAUUAGGAUUUAAUUUAAAUGUUACCUGAAAGAAUAGAGAUUAGGGCUUUAAGCCUGCUUUUCGGCGAGGUCCGUCGCGCGAGUCACAAAGAAUCAGUGGGGAAAAAAAUUUAUUGGAGUGAGAGUGAGGCGCACCAAAAAGUAGGCCAGAGGUACGCGCCGCGCCCCGACAUAAUUUUGAUUUUUCCACUGAUUUUUUUUUUGACUCGUGCGAUGGACUUCGUCGAAAAGGAGAGACUGCGCGUAGUCUUGAUGCAUGGCUGAAAAUCAAUCAUGCACGUUAAAGAUUUAGUGUCUCUCAAUGCCUCUCUCCUUCUUUCUUUUUUCGCCCAUUUACUUGCAGGGAAUUUGAAAUGAGGACAGGCGACUCUCAUGCUACCUUACCACGUUCGGUGAAAUGUCACUAUGAUAUACCAUCAAUAGAACUCAACCAGACGGCCAGCUUGUGGUCUAAGGAAUUUAUUGAAAAGAAAAAGCUCGACAACACGUAUGAAAGGCUUCUACCAAAUAUGGAAAAGAUGGAGCUUAUCCUUCCAGUACAAGAUAAUUCAACAGAUAAAAUCUUCAGUGUGGUUUCGAAACAAACAAGAAAUGAAUGUACACAAACCAAAGAAGUAAUUCGAGGGAAAAGCAAGGCUGCCAGCGUUCAAAAAGAUGAUCGUAAAGGCACCAAAAAAAAAGCUUUGCUAAGGACUGUGAAAAAUGCAAGAAACCCGAAGACAAUAAGGUUUUUGCGCCUAAAGAUCUUAGUGAAUAUCGAAAAGACGUUUUCGAUGGAGAGAUUCCUGUCGAUUUUGUCGCGGUAGAAGAAACCUCCUCAGUCGCGCAAAAUACAAAGACAAAAAAUGAUCUUCAGAGAAAGGCAGACCAAGUUGUAGAAGACAGAGAAGGAAUAACUUCGACGAAAAACAACAGUACAAAGAUGGUUCGCACCGUCAGGAACAAAAUCAUUCCACUUGUGAAAAUUCAACGGCAAAUAACGCCAGCUGUAAGAAAGGAUCAAAAUGACUUUUACAUCGACAGUGUCAUGAAAGAGAAUAAUGUUACAGGAAACCAAGCAAUUUCUGAGUUAAAAGAAGUGUCAGAUGAAGUUGAUGGGGAAAAAUCCCACAUUCCCCUGAGCACUGGAAAGCUACAACAACUUAUCCGCGAAAAUGUGCUCGGCCAAUCACAGAAGAGCAGCAAGCGAGCCAAUAAGAAAACAGUAUUGCUUACCGACUACGUGCGCACUCUACAAAAACACAUGGGUAUUAAAGCCUUAGGACCAGAAAUUGCGAGCAAUUCGCCCGAUUUUAGUGCAACACCGUUCAUACCUGCAGGAAAGAGAUUUGGAUGUGACGACGAGUACGGUGAAGAACCUAGUCUCUUGGAGAGAAGGUUGAAAAUUUUGCAGAAGCAAAUAAUAAGACUGCCCGCGACAUUCACACUGAUCGAUGGAGACUUGGUAGAAGACUAA